GUCAUCAACAUCUGUCGAGUUGAACUCGGAGCGAGUUAACUCGUCGAACAUUCCAUUUUGCCAUUGAUAAGUUCUUAUCAGUUAUCGCUUCCGCAGUCCGAGUUCAAGAACGAGCUAGGAAAGUUCCACCGAUUCAUGAGUUUCACUUUCAUCAAAAAAUUCGUUACUGAGUUGACUCGCUUCCCUUACACCUCCGCUUUUGUUCUCGCGUUCAUCACUGUCGCAGCAGCUGCCGUCAGAUUCCGCCGUCUGUCCAAACCGACGUCGUUUACGAUGUCUUCUUCAUCAGUAAACGACCCCGUUCAGCGCAACCGCAUCUUCUCGAGCAAGCUCUACUUCGAUGUGCCUCGCUCCAAGGUUCCGAUUAUCUAUUCUGCAUCUUAUGACAUAUCCUUUCUCGGCAUUGAGAAACUGCACCCGUUUGAUUCUUCUAAAUGGGGGCGAGUUUGUAGAUUCCUAGUGUCGUUUGGUGUUCUGGAUAAGAAAUGCAUUGUUGAGCCUCUUGAAGCUUCAAAGGAUGAUCUUUUAGUGGUGCACUCAGAAUCGUACUUGAAUAGCCUGAAGGAAAGUUCAAAUGUGGCUACAAUAAUUGAGGUCCCUCCGGUGGGGUUAUUUCCCAAUUGUCUUGUGCAACAAAAAGUUCUUCAUCCAUUCCGGAAGCAGGUUGGUGGAACUAUUUUGUCUGCAAAACUUGCAAAAGAGAGAGGAUGGGCCAUUAACGUAGGAGGAGGAUUUCAUCAUUGCUCUGCAGAAAAAGGAGGUGGAUUUUGUGCUUAUGCAGAUAUUUCUCUUUGCAUCCACUUUGCUUUGGUUCGGUUGAAUAUAUCAAGGGUGAUGAUCAUUGAUCUUGAUGCACAUCAAGGAAAUGGCCAUGAAACAGACUUUGCCUAUGAUAGCCGAGUCUACAUUUUGGACAUGUACAACCCUGGAAUAUACCCUUUGGAUUAUGAGGCAAGGAACUACAUAAAUCAGAAAGUUGAAGUGAAGAGUGGGACACUCACGGAAGAUUACCUGCAGAAAUUAGAUGAAGCACUAGAGGUUGCUGGGCGUAGCUUUGACCCUGAGUUGAUAGUUUACAAUGCCGGAACUGACAUCUUAGAUGGUGAUCCAUUAGGAAGGCUAAAGAUUAGUCCUGAUGGGAUUACCCUCAGAGAUGAGAAAGUUUUUCGGUUUGCUCGUGAGAAGAACAUUCCUAUUGUCAUGCUCACGUCAGGUGGUUAUAUGAAAUCCAGUGCUAGAGUCAUUGCAGAUUCAAUAGUCAAUCUGUCCAAGAAAUGCUUGAUAGAAGACAAACAGGAUUCCUAAGACUGCCAAAGGAUGCUCCUUGCUUGCACCUUAUGAGAUUAUAUUAUGAUCAAGUAACAAAAAAGGUCUGUUGUAAAGAUAUUUAGAUCUCGAAAGCAACUGGAUUAGAAUGUUUCCACUGAUCCUUUUAUGUGUUUAUUUUGUUAGUUUCCCAAGGGUAUCCUGCCUGCCACUACCAGGUAGUGAAAAAGAAAGAAUGAACUCUACAUGAAUAUUCUGUAAAUAUGUCAGUGUAUCUUAUACAUACGUUUAUCCCUCUUCUUUUUAAUUCUUAUUUGUGUUCCAAUAAUGGAUGGAUGAGAAAACUGUCAAACUUC